AUUAGGAAUGAAUGAAAGAUCAAAUAUAGAGAAUAAUGCUCAAAGCCUUGUUGAUCAUCAACAACAACAAUACGAACAGCAGGCUUGCGAGUAUGAAAAACAAGUUUAUCAAAAUACACCUUCUUUAAGGAAAACAUGUAAUGAAGAAAUAUUAUUACACAAUUCUAACGAUUCAAUCAUUAUAAGAUCAUACAAUUACGAGACUGACGAAAAGCAAGUGAACAAGAUCUUUGUGGAAGGAAUCAAGUCUAUAGUACCAACUUAUUUACAAACAUUCUAUUUAUUCAUUCAUCAUUUCGGAAUUAUACAAGUAUUUUCAAUACUAUCCCUAUUCUAUAUUUCAUCGUUUAUAUUUCAAUUUGGAAUUAUUAAAUUAUUAUUUAAUCCAGAUGAUUCAUCCUCCACGACCAAUAGCAAUACAACAUCCCUCCUUUCCAUCAUUCUCUCAUUCACUAAUUUAUCAGCGUCUUCUACAAUUUAUGCUAUAAUUUCUACCUUUAUUACCUGCACAAGUAUGGUUGUAUUACUGCUUUGUGGCUUGUCUAAAUAUGUCGAUUAUUCUGCCAGAUCUUAUAUUUAUCAACAAUUUAAAUAUAGUGACAUGUCUAAUAUUCAAAAGUUCUACAUUUGGGAUGAAGAUAAUCACUUUUGGGUGGCUCAACUAAAAUCAACAGGAGAAAUAGUUGGAACCAUUGGUGUUCGAAAGAGAGCCAAUCAGGAAGAGACAGUAGAAUUGAAAAGAAUGAGCGUAUCCAGUUCAAUGAAACGAAAAGGUGUUGCCUCUCUAAUGCUCAACCACCUUGUGAAAUGGAGCAAAGAAAAGGGAUACAAAACAAUUGUUCUCUCCACUAGUUCUCUACAAGCAGCAGCAGUUGACUUUUACAAAAAGAAUGGCUUUUCUGUUGUGAAAAUGAGAAGAUAUAGUCGAUUCCUACCAACAGCUCACCUUACCUUUGAAAAACACCUCUAACAACAAAAUUGUACAUAAAAAAAUUCCACAACAAGUAUUCCAUAA